AUGCGUCGUCUGUUGUGCACUGCGCUGUUAUUGCUGUGUUGUGCCUACGGGUGCAUUGCAGCUGUUGUGCAGCCGCUACCACAGACAGGACAGGGUCCCUGGGAUACGUACACCGUUGCUGUUACUGGUGAGCCUGAUCUCGAGAAAAAAAAAGAAUUUAAACCUAUUCGUUUUGCCGUUUCUGCAAAAGAAAUUGAUAGGGUCUUGGCGUACUGUAAUCGGUAUGAAGAGUAUGCUUUGGAUGAAGUGCAAGAUGAGAUUCUGUAUGGAUUUAAACUUGAUGUUUCGAAACACUGGGAUGAUUUUUGCGAGAAGGUAGAAAACGAGGUAACACCUGAAAAGAAAAAAAAGCUUUUGAGAGAAGUUCUUCCUGCUGCUCUCAAGCUACACAGUGAACGUCUGAGUGUUAAGCAUGAGGAUAAGUUGGCGUUAACUUCUGAGAAUAAGGAUUCGUAUCCAGUUUUGCCUAAUUGCUCAGGUGUCUCAAUUCCCAAGGAGCAUUUAAGUGGUAUAUCCGAUGCUGAUUUUAUGCUGUAUGUGGGUCUGACAGAUGAGUAUGUACCCGUGCAGAUCUGCAGUAAGAAUGCAGAGGGUCGUCCUACAUCUGCCUUGAUUAAAUUCGUGCCAAAGGAAAUUGCUGUAACAAGGCAUUUCAUUCGCUUUACUGCACAUGAGGUUGCACAUGCUCUUGGAUUUGAAACUGAAACAAUGAUGAAGCAUGGUGUUAUUGAGGAAAACCCGGGAGGCGAUAAGAAAGUCCCUUUGGUGAAAUCUACCACUGUGAUUAAGGAAAUGAAAGAACACUAUGGUUGUUCUGAUGAUAAGUGUGAUGAUGAAAUAAAGAAAGUGGCUUUUGAGAAUGAACCCAGUAAAGAUGCACCGUUACACUGGGAACGUCGUAUUGCGAAGGAUGAGUUAAUGAGUACAUAUACCCCUGACCUUGACGUUACUGGAGCGUACUACACAUCACUAACACUCGCUGUAUUCGAUUCUAUGCCAUUCUACAAGGCAAGUUUUGACAUGGCGGAAAAUAUGAGUUGGGGCAAAGAUGCUGGUUGUGAUUUUCUGAAGGGUGGGGACGAAAAGAAAGACGAAAUAAUACAGAAACACAAUGAAAUGUUCUGCAAAAGAAGUGAGUUGAUUUUGGAAUGCACAUCUGACCGUUUUGCACUUGGGAGGUGCACAAAAGACAUAGAGCUGAAGGGUUCACCCUUUGAGUAUGCGUACUUCAACCAUUUUUUUUUCACCGAAACUGAUGAGCGUGAACUGAUGGAUGGUUAUCCAUUUAUCAAACCAAUUGAUUGGACGAAUUGUGAGAAUGGAAGGGUCAAUCUGAUGCCUGGAAGUUUUGUGGGGAGUGAAUCACGAUGUCUGAAAGGUGAGAACCUCGAACUUAAAGAAGAAAGGGAAGAGAAGGUAACCGUUCGUGGUAUUUGUGCUGAUGUGAAGUGUGACGAUGGUAAAGUUAAGGUGAAGUACAAUGGGAGUGAAAUUUGGCAUAUUUGUACUGAUGAUGAGAAGAUUAAUGUCGAGAACAGCCCAGAUUUAAAGAGCGGUGGAAGCAUCUUUUGCCCCAAGUACUCUGAAGUUUGUAAUGAGAAGAAAAACAACGCCACUGAAUUCCCCAUUGUGUACGAUAAAGAUGAGCGAGAGAGAAUGGAUAAAGAAGAUAAGGAAGAAGAGGAAAAGCAACGCAAAGAAGCGGAUCGGAAAAAGAAAGAAGAAGAAGAAGAACGUGGAAGAGCAGAAGAACUGUUAUCGCCUCUGGGGAGCGCAGCUAGAGCUGUUGAAGAAAAUGUUGAAUCACCUGUUCGUCCUGCACCACGUGCUGAGAAUGGAGCUCAGGACAGCAGCGGUAGCAAAAGUGGCGCACUUCCACAUAAAGAGCCGCUUGUGAUGGAAGAAGAGAAAAAACAGAAAGUUGAACAGCAGGGACAACAGUCUCCCCGCCUACAAUCUAUUCCGAAAGAAGAACCUUCAGCAAGGUCUGAUGUACUACCGAAGAAUGAAAAGGAUAGUCAUGAAACAUCAAAGGUCCGAAACCAAAGCGGUGCCCCUGGAGUGAAUGAACAGGAUGUUGCUACAAAUGUACGUCCCUCAUCAGUUGUCAACGAGAAGAAUCCAGUGCAAAUCAGUAGCAGCAACAAUGACAACGAAGUUUCACAGCAACAACCGCCUGGGGUGGCACAAAAGAAUCCUAGUGACUCCAAGACGCCUGAAGUGGAAAAAAUGCCCGACUCUAAGAUCACUAUACCUGCACCUUAUGGGCCCAGCUUUGAGGCCCCCAAGCCUGUCGUACCUGAAUCCACUGUUGUUACUGUGGAACCUACUCCUUCAAUCAAGGAGGAUAAGAAGAAUAAUACAGCGGAAAACACUAAACAAGUGCAUGGAACAUCAUCACAGUCUACCUCCCAAGGUGGGAAGAAUGAUGAAAGAAAUACCACAGUUGAUCCAACUCAUCAUCCAAACAGUACUUCCCCCGAUAACGAGAAGAACAAUGAAACCAUUGUGAAUACUGACAACAAAACAACAACGAGUACUGAUCCAGUUGAGAAUGCUCAAACUGAAACCUCAGUCACUGGAACACCUUCCCCUACAGAUUCAAAUAAUACCGAUGGCCAUAAUAUUAACAGCAUCAGUGCAACUUCUCCAGUGAAUGAAAAAACAGCAGCUGCUGAUCCUGCCACUUUGACGGGACUAAACACUCAGAUGGGACAAGUAAUGAACCACACGAAUGCCUUUGCUGUUGUGGGUGCUGACAGCAGUAUUGCCACUUCAUACCAAAUCACUCUUUUACUUCUUUUGUGUGCUCUGGUGGCUCUAGCAUCCCCAUGA